UGGACUGCAUAUAUAGAUCGGCCCUGAGGUUUAAGUGUAGCGGGUGUAAUUUGUUCUUCAAGGACUCACAGAGUAUAAUUUAUUGGCACCUGCUACAAAACUUAACCGAGGGAUACGACAUAUCCACAGGAGUUGGUGUCUUUCCCGCGGUGGUUGAACUUCCAAAAAUAAUUUAUUUCUAAUGUCUUUUUUUCAAUUCCUCUUUCCCCUGCUUCCUUUCUUCCGCCGCACCUGAGGAACCAGCCUGCACCGGUGGCCGAUCACCAGACAGAGAGACCCAGACCUGAUACUGUCGGGAAGAUGACAGCGUCUUUAAAUAAAACCUCAUAUCUGGCAAAGGUAGCUACACUCUGCUUUGCCUGCUGUUUUGUUAGCUUCUUUGUAUAUUUCGAGCCUCCAUCUCCUGUGUGUCCGACUAUGACUAUGGCAACUAAAAAGCCCAUCGUUCUGCUGUGGUUCUGGCCUCUUGGUGUGAUGUUUGAUUUCCAAAUCUGCUCAAGCCACUUCAACAUUGAUGGCUGCAUUCUGACUGAUGACAGGUCAUUGUACAGCCAAGCCGAGGGAGUCAUUAUCUUCCAUAAAGACGUGAACUGGUAUUUGAAAAACCUGCCCAAGGAGCCACGUCCACAUUUUCAGAAGUGGAUUUGGUUCCAUGUGGAAUCUCCCACGAACACGCAGAAGAUACCAGGUCUGGAAAAUCUGUUCAACUUAACAUUGAGCUACAGAAGAGAUGCUGACAUCACAGUGAGGAAUGAGGUGACGAUCAAGCAAACAGAGACAAAGGAGGAAGUAGUUCUGCCCAAAAAGGACAAACUAGUUUGUUGGGUUGUCAGUAACACCGUCCAAGCUACUGGAACAUCUGUGAGAGAGAAAUAUUAUGCAGAACUGUCCAAACACAUAAAGGUUGAUGUCUUUGGUGCUUUUACGGGGCAGCGGUUGAAAUAUGAAGACUAUUACUCCACCCUUGCGAGUUGUAAGUUUUAUCUCUCAUUUGAGAACUCGCUCCACGUGGACUACAUAACAGAGAAGGUCAACGGGCCCCUUGUAGCAGGGACCGUCCCUGUAGUUCUGGGUCCACCAAGGGAAAACUACGAGCAGUUCCUUCCCAAUGGUUCCUUCAUUCACGUAAAUGAUUUCCCUGAUGCUAAAGGUCUGGCAGAGUUUCUGCAACGCCUGGACAAGGACCAUGAAGCAUACAUGAGUUACUUUGAGUGGAGAAAGUACUAUGAAGUCACUGCUCAUCUUUUGUCAGUGAGCAAUGAAUUCCUUCAUCCUGUCUGCCUCGCCUGUAACCACAUCUCAAAGUACAAAGAAUACCAUGUUGUCAAUGAUCUUUAUGGUUGGUACUUUUCAUGAAAACUACAGUGAGAACAUCAUUUGACUGAUUAUAAACUAGAACAUAUACUUUGAAUUUGUGUGAUUGCUUUGACCCUUUAUAGAGUAAUGAUUUAAUUAAAUAAUCAAUAUAGUUCACAUGGUAACCGCUGAUAUUAUUAUCAUUAGAUUAAUUUGUUAUGAAGAUCACUCUAAGCACAGAUGGGCCUUUGUGAGUACCAGUGUUGUGCAAGUUCACACCUCUCAUGAACUAGUUCAAAGUUCAGUCAAAUACAAGCCUUCAUGAGUACACAUUGCAGAGUAAAACUGGAGCUGAUGAAAAUAGUGCUGCAAAUGUUCUCUGUUCUGUGUCACUUUGAGCUGUUUUGAAUACAUCUAAACAAAUAAAUUAAUAUUCAAAUAGAUCUCUAAA